GCUGCGCCUUGAGUGCGCGCUAUAAUGGAGGCGGAGGAGGGUCACAUUUCAGUGUGGGUUUGCCGGGAGGAAAAACUUAUCUCUGGCUUGUCCAAGCGGACCACCUGCGCAGACGUGGUACGCGUUCUCCUGGAGGAGCAGAGCGUGCAGCCGUGUUCGGCCGUUUCCGUGCUGGCGGGCUCUCCCGAGUCCUACUGCAUCGUGGAGAAGUGGCGGGGCUUUGAGCGCAUCCUUCCGAACAAGACCAAGAUUCUGCGCCUCUGGGGCGCGUGGGGCGACGAACAGGAAAACGUGAGGUUCGUGCUAGUGAAGCAGGAUGCGUCUCUGCCCAACAAUGGCCCGCGCAGCGCUGAGGCGCGUGUGGUGGCCAGCAAGGAGAGCCCGUGCGUAUACCAGGGCACCGCGUGGGUUACCGUGGCUCAGUCGCAGGAGAAGCAGCGACGGAUCGUGCGCAAAGCAUUCCGCAAGCUGGAGAAAAUAAACAAGAAACGCACGCAGGCGUUAAGCAAAGACAAGCCCGCCGUUGAAAAGAUGGAGACGCUCGUGCACCUGAUCGUCUCGCAGGACCACACCAUCCGCCAGCAGAUCCGACGCAUUCACGAGCUGGACUUGGAGAUCGACCAGUGCGAGGCCAAAGUUCACUUCGACCGGGUCAAAACGCUCGGCACCAACUACGUACAGGACACCUAUCUGUUCGAGAAGAGCCUGGGGACGCACGCGAGCGCCAAGGAGCAGCUGUCCCCGGAGGUGUGCACGCAGUUGGAGGAAUAUUCGCGGAGGUGCGAGGAGGUGCUGAAACUACAAGAGGAGCUGUCUCAGCACGAGACGCUCCUGGACAGCAUCACGGCGGAGAUCACGGACGAGCUGAAUCAACGCUGGAUGGAGCGCAGGAAGGAGCAGGUCUCGUGCGCGGACCCAGAGGCAGGGACAGAGGACCCACCGGGAGUGUCUCAGCUCGCGCUGGGCACGGAGGAGGGCACGGCAGAGAGCUCGCUGCUUUUGGAGGAGGAGAGGAUCAAAACGCAGCUGGACACGAGCUUAUACAUCGGGCUCCGGCUGAAUACGGAUUUAGAGACGAUUAGGGGCGAUUUUGACCUCACCCGAGAGCUGUGGGCGGCAAAGGAGAGGGAGUUGAAAGAUUUAAUGGACAGAGUCGGCGCGCUGGACUUAUGCGCCGGGGACGAACUAUCCGUGGAGGUGAAAGUGCGCGACCCCUCGGUACAUGUGCCAGACACGACGUGUUCCGUUAAGACACAGAACGCAUGGGUCGAACAGGCGAGAGGACUCUCAAAAACGUGUAACAUAAUUGACGACGAUUCGGACACAGGUCUGAGCUCAUUACACAGCCAGGAUUCUGACAACCCGCCUGUGUGUGAGUCGCUCGUGUAAUAUAGACACUGACCCGCGAGUCCCGGGGCUUCAUUGGUAUGUUACUGCCAUCAGCGCAAGC